UAAAUCAAGAGUGCUCAGAAAUCUGUUUAAAUAACUGAAUUUGCUAACAAGGCUUGCAGUUGAGUUCAGUUUUCUGCCAGAUUUCAGCAUAGCAAAUUGGAGCCAAUCAAUAGUAGACGCCUCCCCGCUGAUCCUACAAAAUGGAAAUGGCUAAGGCAACGCCAGCUGAUUCAAGCAAAAGAGGCGAUUUGGUUUUUGCUCAGAAACGUGGCUAUAUGCCUUGGCCGGCCAAGCUGAUAGACAACUCGGACAGAUUGUGUGGUCUGGUGCAGUUUGUGAAUACCAACGAUCGCCAUCUGAUACCCUAUGCCAAAAUAUGGACAUGUAACCAGCGAUCUAAGCAAGAGUUUAUCACCCUUCAGGCACUGCAAUGUGAGGAAUUUUAUGAGGCUAUUCUAGCGACGGAGCUUAUUGAUUCACAGCCACCGAAAGGCAAGCAGCAGCAAGAGUUGCUGCUGUUAGAUACGUUGCUGCUGUACCGGAACACGUUGCAUGUGGAGCCGCAGUUCAUCGAACAGGUUAACAAAUUGCGCAGGUGCCUCACUCGCCACAGGCAGGAUUAUGCAGCGGCGCAGCUGGCCUUUCAGAAGCUGCUGGAGCUGAAACCAUUUAGUCGACUGCUGCUCGUUCGGAAUCGGGAAGCGGUCGAAUCUAUACGCAAAUUGGUCGGCUUUGUCAACCAUACACGUCCAAAUCCAAACGAACCGCAGAUGGUCCGUUAUUUGGCUAAGCGCCUAAUUAGACGCUUUGCCGGCGUCUUUUCGAUAUCGACGAACAUUUCAAAUUUUUGGUCAUCAUAUUAUAUGCAAGCUGACAUUUACAGACGCCAUGCAAGGCUGUCAGAGUGUGACGCAAACCCAAAUAAAUCCACGUAAUAUAAACAAAUAAAUGC